AUGGGUGCCUUGCUUCCUGGAAAGCCUCUCACGGCUCUUACAAGAUGUACCCUACCAACGAACAAUGUGUCGAUGCAAGUGCGGUUGACUUCGACCUUGCAGGCACAAGCACAAGCCGCACACAAUCCCUCUAAGGCUGUUUCUAGUGCUUCCUCCUCUCCUCUUUCCGCUUUGCCAGCCCGUGUAUUGCUCAGAUCUUUGCUGGUUUCUACAGUAUCAUCCAAGAGAUACAUCCUCAUCCCUGCCCUUUCUGUCAUGUCCUUCCUCUCCAAGCCCAACCAGAUUUGGCUUUUUGAUGUGGAUCGGAAUCCUCUCUUGCAUAGAAUUCUGAAGAAGACGUUCUACGAUCAAUUCUGUGCGGGGGAGAAUGGCGCUGAAGUCAACUCCACAAUGACAGAAUUGAAAGAUAUGGGCUUCCGCGGCGUGAUCAUGACAUACGCCAAAGAGACUGUAUUUGAUCAUAAGACAAAUUCCCAACAUGGGUUGGGGAUUACGGCUAUGAAAAGUGAGCAUGGAGAUAUCUCUAUCAAUGCUGCGGUUGAGCAAUGCCCUAGCAUUGAAUCUUGGCGGGAAGGAACAGUCAAGACAGUUGAUAUGUUGGACGAAGAAGAUUAUCUCGCUGUAAAACUGACCGGCGCCGGAACCAAGGUCACCAAAGCCUUCUCUGCCGGAGACUUGCCACCACAACAAAUGAUUGACGCUCUGCACGAAAUCUGUACCAAGUGCAAAGCGAAGAACGUCCGUAUCCUCGUCGACGCCGAAUCUCAAUAUUUCCAAAGGGGUAUUCACCGUAUCACUCUGGAUCUCAUGCGCAAAUACAACCGUGACGGCUAUGCCUCCGUAUAUAACACCUACCAAGCCUACCUGAAGAGCACACCUGACAGACUCGCCAAGGAUCUUGCCUCAGCUCAGGAAGAAGGGUUCACUCUCGGCCUCAAGGUCGUGAGAGGCGCAUACAUGGCUUCUGACGAACGCUCUCUGAUCCACGACACAAAAGAGAAAACGGAUAACGCUUAUAACACAAUUGCCCAGGGGGCAUUGAUGAAGAAUAUUGGAGAGUUUGGUGACAAGGGAAGCCGCGCUUUCCCUUCAGUCAACCUCUUUCUGGCAAGUCAUAAUAAGGAGAGUGUGAUAACUGCCCACGAGCUCCACAAGCAGCGCGUCACCACAGGUCUACCUACUAUCCCUGUGCGUUUUGCGCAGCUCCAUGGCAUGUCAGACGAGGUUAGCUUCUCCUUGCUUCAGAUGAAGGAUGGUGAUGGAACACCCGAGGUUUACAAGUGUUCCACUUGGGGUGGUCUUGGUGAAUGUCUGGCAUAUCUUCUUCGCCGGGCAAUUGAGAACCGUGACGCUGUUUUGCGGACGGAUAGUGAGUACCAGGCUUUGAAGUCGGAGACUUUCCGGAGAUUCAAGUCUAUGUUUUCUCUUUCGUCGUAG